CACAUUGGCCUCUGGAAGCCUGUGGCUCCACCUGCAAGCCUCCUCCUCCUCCUGCCCUCGCCCAGCCUGGCAGCCAGCAUGAGGCUCUUCCACAUCCUGCUGCUGCCUCUCUGCCUGCUCUUCGCCCAGGUGGGCCCAGGUGCUGGCCUCCUCUUGGUCGAGGUCCCCAAGAGCCCAGAACACAUGUGCAUCAAAAAGAGGGGGCACUGCUACUUCAACCCGUGCCCAACCUUCCUGACACACGAUGGCUACUGCUACAGAGGGAAGGCCAAGUGCUGCUACUGGGAGGACCGGGGGAGAUAAACCACAGGGACCUCUUGUGAGCGUUGCUUCCCCACAAUAAAUCUUUUCUUAAAGCAUGGCUCCUUUGGACCCACAUGAA